AUGCUCAAGACACCGGCAAUUAUCAUCACCCCAGGCGCAUGGCACACCCCGCGACACUACCAGCGCCUCAUCGACCGUCUCUCUCAACACAACUACCCCGCCAUAGGCGUGAGACUCCCCUCCGUGAAUUCGAGCCCUCCCCUCCACACUUGGGAGCAGGAUGCGCAAGCCGUACGAGGAGCCAUCAUGGAGAAGCUCAAUGGCGGACUGGAUGUGGUCGCAGUUUCUCACUCCUUCGGCGGAAUCAUCAUGUCUGAAGCGGUUAAGGGUCUGGGCAAGGCAUCGCGUCAGAAGCAAGGAUUCAGCACAGGUAUUUUGAGAUUGGUGUACAUGUGCAGCAUGGCGAUACCGCAAGGCCAGACGCACGUCGGUCAGAUGAAGGCUAUAACGCCGGAGGAGGAAAAGCAGGAGAAAAGAAGGCGGCAGGAAGCGGACAUAUCUGGCGGGAUGCGUUAUACUAAGGAUGGAGCAAUUAUCAUCUCCAGAGAUGCCGCCCGUAAAGUCUUUUACAACCGGUGUGACCCCGCGGACGUGGAGGAGGCAUUGGACAUGCUGGGCUCGUUCCCGUCGGGCCCGUUAACUGUACCGGCUACGUAUACGGCGUAUCGCGAGAUCCCUAGUACGUAUAUUGUCUGCGAGAAUGACAAUGCGUUGCCGCUUCCCUUCCAGGAGAGAAUGAUUGCCCAAGGGGGGGGUGUGUUUCAUGUCGAGCGCUGCCAGGAGGGCCAUUCGCCAUUUCUGAGCAAUCCGGAGUUUGUGGUGCAGUGUAUUCAGAGAGCCGCUGGGGAGGACGUAUAG